AAAGAACUGCACACACACAUACAAAUACACACACGCGCGCGCAUACACGCACACGCACACGCACACGCAGCGACCACCACCUCCCCAUCAGCACCAUCAGCACCAUUCUCCGUGCGUCUUUUGUCCGGUUGGAGUGACCGGCUGCAGCGCCCAGCAGAGUGGCAUGUGGGUCAACUCCGGAACCGUCGGAAGGGCCCUCUCCAUGGAUAUAGACACAGAUUAUGAGCGGCCCAAUGUGGAAACCAUUAAAUGUGUGGUGGUCGGGGAUAACGCAGUAGGCAAGACCAGGCUAAUCUGUGCCCGGGCCUGCAAUGCCACCCUCACACAGUAUCAGCUGCUUGCCACCCACGUGCCAACCGUCUGGGCCAUCGACCAGUACCGUGUAUGCCAGGAGGUGUUAGAGAGAUCUCGUGAUAUAGUGGAUGAGGUCAGUGUGUCCCUGAGGCUGUGGGACACAUUCGGGGAUCAUCACAAAGACAGACGAUUCGCCUAUGGCAGGUCCGAUGUGGUGGUGCUUUGCUUCUCUCUGGCCAAUCCCAACUCCCUGCGCCAUGUCCGCACCAUGUGGUUCCCGGAAAUCAAGCACUUCUGUCCCCGGACUCCCAUCAUCCUGGUCGGCUGCCAGCUGGAUCUGCGCUACGCCGACCUGGAAGCAGUUAACCGUGCACGACGGCCCCUUGCCAAACCAAUCAAACCUACAGAUAUCCUUCCUCCUGAGAGAGGCCACGAGGUUGCAAAGGAGCUUGGGAUACCCUACUACGAGACCAGCAUUGUUGCCCAGUUUGGAGUGAAAGAUGUUUUCGACAAUGCCAUCCGAGCCGCCCUGAUCUCCCGUCGUCACCUGCAGUUCUGGAAGUCCCACCUGAAAAAGGUCCAGAGGCCCCUCCUCCAGGCACCCUUCCUGCCUCCUCGCCCUCCACGCCCAAUCGUGGGCAUCCCAGACCCCCCUCCCACAGACGGCGAGGGCCCUGAUUCUCUUUUCUGCCAGCCACUGUGCACAGAUGUCCUUUUCCUCCUGCAGGCUGGCACCACUCGCGUCUUUGCACACAAAGUCUAUCUGGCAACUUCCUGCUCCAAGUUUUACGACCUUUUCACCCUGGAUCUUGGCGGAUCGUGCGUGGCACCGUGGGGAGAGGAGCAGGAGAGCAAGGAAAACUUGGAGGGCGGGGAGGAGGAUGAGCAGAGCAGGAGAGGAGCCAAGGAGCUCGCCGGGCGCACUAAGAGCCUGGACAUUGAUAAAGACGGGGUUGAUGGAGGAGUGCGAGGCCUGAAUCGACCCCAGCUGCUCCAGCAGGGCUCUUUGAGGACUUCCCAGAGCGAUAAUGCACUCCCGUCCCGAGCCCAGUACUCCCUCGGAGCUCUGGGGACUGGCCGAGCACUUUCAGGUUGGGGGAGAGGGUUCCUGAGCGUGUGUCUGGAGCAUGUCGAGGAUCCAAUGACUGGACAACCACGACUUGUGACUGUGGUAGCCAUGGAUGCUCUUAUACAAGAAGAGCCAUUCAAGGCGGUGCUUCAGUACCUGUACACAGGCAGUCUGGACGAGGGCCGAGGGGACCUGAUGCAGGUGGCCACCAUAGCUGAGCUGCUCGAGGUGUUUGACCUGCGGAUGAUGGUGGCCAAUGUUUUGAACAGAGAGAGCUUCAUGAACCAGGAGAUCACCAAGGCCUUCCACGUCCGCAGAGCCAACCGCAUCAAGGAGAGUCUCAAUAAAGGGACCUUUGCUGAUGUGGUGUUCCGCCUGGACGAUGGCUACCUCCCGGCCCACAAGCCCCUGCUCAUCUCCAGCUGCGACUGGAUGGCGGCCAUGUUCCGAGGCUCUUUCAUGGAAAGCUACGUCGAGGAGGUAUCCAUUCCAAACACCGGUACAGCCUGUAUGCGUGGGGUGCUGGAGUUUCUGUACUGUGGUCAUCUGACGCCCUGUGCUGGUCUAGAGCCCAUGGAACUGAUAGUGCUGGCCAACCGCCUCUGUUUGCCGCGCCUUGUCGCCCUCACAGAGCAGCACGCUGUGGAUGAGCUCCUCCAGUUGGGGGGGAAAGGAGUUGACGUAGAUGGACAGGUGUUGUCUUACCUCGAGCUAUCACAGUUCCACAAUGCCAAGCAGCUCUCAGCUUGGUGUCUCCAUCACAUCUGCACUAACUAUAACAGCAUCUGCCGCAAGUUUCCCAAAGACAUGAAGGCCAUGCUUCCAGAAAACCAGAGGUACUUUGAGAAGCAGCGCUGGCCUCCGGUGUGGUUCCUGAAGGAGGAGGACCGCUACCUGCGCUCUCAGAAAGAGCGCGAGCGCGAGGAGGAGAUCCUGCGCAAGCAACACACCAAACGCGGCUGGUGUUUCUGGAGACACCCGUCCUCCUCUCCGCAUGUCUCCUAAACGUCCUCCACUGACUUUUUCAUCACACCCAGGAAAACCAAACCCCCCCAAAAGCUUACAGAGGAGUUUGGCUCUGAACCCUCUAUCAGUGGAGAACUGACUCUCAGUGCUACUCUGCCUGAAUGUCAGCGUGUUUUGGGGGGAAUGUACGUGCCUCUUUAUAACUGUGGGUGACUUCAUGAGUGCAUUUUGGUAUGCUUGUGUGACCAGUGUGGACUCAGCUGAAGGGUUAGCACGUGUGCGAGUGUGUGUGUUUGAGUGAUGCUUCCGAGUUGAGUGCUUCCCAGACGCCCUCCUGAUCUAUGAGGGCCUGUGGCGUUGCAGUGCAGCCCCCUGUCCCCUCCACCAGAGCUCCUUCCCUCCACCAGCACUCACUGGGUCUCAGCCUCUGAGUGACUGGACUGGGAGCAAAGGGCUCUCUUAUCUCUCUCAGUCUCCACCCUUCACAUUGACCUUAAUGACUUAUUACACACUAACCGCGGCGGCUCCUGUCAGGGAGCGUCCCUCUGCCUUCACUUUUACACAGACUGUUAGCUUGCACAUAGAUACCCGUGCCCAAGCUCCUCCCCUCUAAAACCAGCACUGGAUUCCCAGGAACGGAUGCUGACAAUUGUUUUGAUAUAAUUUGACCUUUUUCUAUAUAUUCUUGCACCUUCCAGGAUACUCCAAUCAGGGGGAAGGGUGCACACCACUCCCAGGAAGUGCUGAGGACUUUGACGAUUGCCAUUGCGCCCCGCAAAGAUGAGACUGUUAAUCCAGAGCCCAGAUAUGGGUGUAAGGGUAACUUUAAAACUGGGAGCAAGUUAGGAUGCUCCGAUCAGGAGUCCAAAUCAUAGCCAUUAACCUCCAGUCCGGUCAUGUUGUGGUCCCUGGCAUUCAUCAUCCACCCCGUGCACGUUCCGCCUCCUCCUCUUGCACACCACACCUGCAACAAAACAAAACGUCAGCUCUCCUCGACGAGUCGGAUUCACCAAAACUGCACUUCAGAGACAUUCAAAGUGACCGCUCUAUAGCAAUGAAGGGGGGAGUAAAGAGGGCUAGCCUUACUGGAUACCUCUACCACGGAGGAGUGAUGGAUACAGUAAUAAACAAAUGCGCUUGUAACGUCCAUGGCCACUAGGUUGCAUUUGAGCACCUCAGCCAGCCUGCCUUUACACCCCUACAACACUAGGGGCAGCACUGCUCAGGGCCCCCCCAGGCACUAACCUUCACCCUAACAGUAUGUUAAAGCCUACUUUCCAUCAUUAGGAUCAUAAGUAUAACUUCAGUCGUAAAGUGUUAGAGGAAAGUGAAAGCACAUUCACAGUGUUAUUGGUGCAUUUGAAAACUAUACUUAACUUUUGGUUUUCACCUAAUUCCGAAUGCCAAAGCUCUUUUAAUCUCUCUCUUCCUCGUUUAUUCAUUUCUGCUUCCUUUGUUGGCGGAGAGGGGGUGGAGGAGAGACGAGGGCGUGGCUCGAAGGUGAAGGGGGGCAGCGUGAUGAUAGAAUCCCUCCUCGUGGAAACGUUUGCUGGACAUUGCCUUCCAUUCCUCUUGAAAAUGGUGCUUAAGACACAAUAAGUCCACAAGAACACACAGACACACACAUGAUUUUUUUUUAUGUUCACAGUUUAACAGUCUGCUUCGUUGUUUAGUGUUUACCUGUGAUGAAUGUGCACAGAGUUAAUAAUGGUAUUCAAAUUUGGCACAUGAGGAUUUUUAAACCUUAAGUUUUUUUUCUUCAGAGAUCAAAAUAGAUCAUGUAGAAUGUGUAGAUCUCUGCUUUCACACACAGUGGUUACAAACUUGUUCUUUCUUUUAUCUUGUAAAAAAUAUGAUCUGUUUUGCUUCCCCAACCUUAACCAGGAAAAUAAUGUUACUUUAGCUUGACUUGCAAUCGUGAGUGUUGGCUCGGACGACAAAUGGAUUGAUUUACAACUGCGUUUGAGAGCAAAUCAGAUUUUCUUGCUAAGGGUGUUAAUUUCUUUGGGCUUUAGGACUGAAUGUAAAAACCAGGCUUUGUUGAUGAGUUUCUAUUAGCACGUUUGUUCUAUUUGUGGGUUCGGCGCCCCUCAGCUUUACGCAGGUAACUAAGGCUGAUAGAUAGAAUGUGCAAGACGUGUUAUGCCGUUCAUGUGUUAAAGUCAUUGUCGGCUCCUGAAAAAGGCGCGAGAUGGAAUCUCAUGAGACCCGAGUGAGAAUUGAGGUGAUUCCGCUGUGAAAAGAGUGAAAGUGGAGUAUUAGUGCACAAGUCUCAGCAAGAAUAACAUGGAACCUACAUUUUGGAUUUAUUCCAUGGAUUUAAUCUCAUCCCAGGGCAGGAUUAUGGGAAUUUAGAAAUGAUAACCUCAAGAGGAGCAGGUUGGGGGACAGUUUUGUGAUGGACUUGCAUGGCCUCCUUUUUUGUCGCCGAUAGAAAGGAGGGCAAUAAGAUUAGUCUUAUUUGGGUUGAUCCAUGAAGACUUUUCUCUCGGUCGAUGUGCCUUUUAGUUAAAAUUUGUUUUUAUUUUAAUUAAAAAAACUAAUUUGGGAUUGAACAUCUUAUUUCAAACCUGCAGACAGGUUCUGCAGCUGCUGACUUGAUGGAUGCAGCAGACAACGGCUAUAACUGUAAAAAGGAUUAGGCCAUUCGGCUCUAUGCAUUCUCAGCCAUGAUCCAUCUUGAUUUUAGACCCAACGAGAGCCAUACACUUUUUCUGACAGGAGACAUGUUGCCGGGAGACAGUAGGAAAAACACAGGUGCACAUAAGGAAUGAAUUACUGGGACUGUUGAAUAAGACAGAGCCAUCUUUAAUGUUGCACCUGCUCCUUCUCUACCGUGACAAGUCAAAAUGUCUGCCCACUGCAGAGAACAUGGCCUUGAAUCAAUCUCUUAAAAGGAAGUAGUCCAGUAGGUGGGUGUAAUCAUAUGGCCUUAGAUUAGUCUGCUCCUUCCAGUUUGGUGUCUGCAUGAGGAAGGACUCACACGGUGUUUGGGAUUCUCCACUGACCAGGUGGUGGAGAGGCAGUGAUUACAAUGAAUCGGGUGUAACUUCUCAACCGCUGAUGAUUCUGAGAAAGUAAAGCUUUUUUUAAAUGAGCACUAGCUGGCCUGUGUGCGGGGAGGGUGCAGCCACUUCUUGGAAUGUGGUUCAUUUGCAUGGUGGCCUAACGUUGUUAUUAUAAUGACACUUUGUGCUGGAAUGCACUUUCUUUUUCUUUCCCUUUUUUUUGUACUGUACCUUUUCUGUGCUUAGCAUGACUUGUUCCUUAUGUACGAUCGUUUCAAUACCUGAUGAUUGUAGCACAAUGUUUCCACUUGAGUCUUUCAAAUAUUCCCACCUUGAACCCCACGGUAGCUUCCUUCUCGCUAUGUGGCUUGAUGCACAAGUCAGUUUCAGCUCAGCUUAAGGUAGCAUCACUUAAUACACCACUUUAAAAUAAACUGCUGGGACGACCACAGACGCUUAAAAGAAACAAGUGCAGACAAGCUGUUUUGCAGUGUUAUAGCUGUCCUGUUUACUAUAGUUAAUACAAUCAAUCACACUUGUGAUUUUAGUGAUACUGGGCACAGGGUGAACACCUGAAAAAACAUUAAGAGCAAACUCUCAAACGAAAUCAAGUAUUACAACACACGUAUUUUAAGAAUAUGCUGAAUGGCUGAAAGCCGGGUAUAAUGUUUAUGGGUUCUUAGCCUGCAUGAAAUGACAGAGGUAUUAGGAAAAGCAUGAUGCAUGUUUCUGGUGUUAGCUGGGUUUCUGUAUAUACAGCAGAGCUUCUCGACCUUGGGAUUCUGACCAUAUUUGGGGUCACUUGGUAUGAUCACAGGGUCAUGGGGAAAUAAAAUAGAGUGAUUAAAAAAGGUUAAGAAACCCUGACUCACAGAGAGGAAAAGAAACGCAGAAUUCAAAACUGUAUAAGCUUUAUUCCACAAUAUUUGCUCCACAUUGAUAUUCUCAUCACAUUCUUUUUCCGCCACUACUUUAGGUGGCGCUCUUCUUCCCUCCUUCCAGGCCUGAUCUUCCUUUUCUUUAUCUAAAAUGUGAGGCCUAGUGACUGAGAGAACACCUUUCUUUAGUCUUUUGGUCUUUUCUGCUGUGCCUUCAGUGAAAUCUCACUCUUUCGGGCUGCGUGCAGGCUGAUGGCACUUUCACCUGCAGCCUCCUGAGCACAGAACUAAAAGCGGGCAGCUUUCUUUAAUGUACAGUAUCUUAAAGCUUGUGUAGAUUAGAUUUCUUUAAUAGUUUUGGUGCAGAAAGCAGUUACUGGCAAUUAGGGUCAUAGUGAUAACAUCCAUCCGAGGUAUGGAGCUUUACAAGUUCAGUCUGUAAUAUAUCGCCUGUUCUAAAGCUACACAACUUAAAUUACAUAUGACCAAGAAACCCGGUGAACCAGCAAUUUUAAAACAAUGUAUUCGCACUCUUUUCUGGUGCCUGCACUUUCUAUUAUGUAGCCUAAUACUACUCUUUUGAUAAGUAUGCCAAUUCUUUAUAUUUAGCACUUUUCUUGAUCAAAAGUUAAAAAUAUCUUUUCCACUCUCUCAUGUUCUCUUUCUCUCUUAAGCCAAAUUCACCAGUGUACCCGAUUGCUUCCACUAUUUAGCUGCAUUCUAAUAUGUUGAGUUCAUGCAUAAAGUCAGUGUAUUUCUAUUUGGGGAACAGCAUCUGUGAAGUACCAGUUGGAUUAAAGGCAGAUAUUAGCUGUGACAACUACGUAUAUAAUGCUUUAAUGAAGAUGGUUGUACAGUACAGUGUUGUAAAUGUUAAACGAGUCCCGGCUGGAUUGAACCUCUCACCUUAUAACUGCUCACCACACUGUAUGUAUUUACUGAGCUGGUGUAUACAUAGGAUCUUAUGCACGGAGAGGCCCAGGACAGGGAGGGUGUUUCUAUAGACAGACGCGGUGACAUUAGCCCCUGGUCUAUACUGUAAUGUUGAAGUGGGUUGUUCAUACUGUUUAGUAUUGUUAUGCACUUCUGUUUCCAUUGGCUCAUAUGAGUUUAAUAUUAAUAUUUACUGCUCACGUUAAUUAUUGUGUGUUAAUUACAAUAAAAGGCAAGAGAGAGAGAGAGAGCGCACCACACUCACAACUAUUAAGGGCUUUCAAGAAAAUAUACAACAAUCAGAAUGUUUUGCUGCUCCGCUGUCGCAAAAAAAAGUUUUGAAACUAAAAAAUUUGUAAUAUUUUUGAACCACUGUGAUUUGUACAAACUUUCAAAAAGAAAACUUUUUUUCUUUUUUUGCCAUUUCAGUAUUUUGAUGUUUGACAUGGAUUUUAUUAAAACUGUUAAUCUUU